GAAUAUGUGAUUGCUAAACUAAUCAUUAGUUGCAGCCCUAAAAUGAAACAAAAGCAACCUCUUUUUUCAGUGUAUUAUUCCAUGUCUCCAUCUAUUUUCUGGGCCCUCCCGCUCUCUUCUAUUCUGCCUUUAAUUAGUAUUCCUGCUAGAUGCCUCAUUGGCCCCAAACCUCGAGCCAAUCUUGCUGCAGCUCCCCUCGACCCCCUCAGGUGGUCCAUGUGUGUCUGAGACGACCUUCCCAGUUAAAAACCUUCUCAGUUCGUUCUUUCUGGGCAGUCUGUAAGGAGCGCACCAGGAUUCCCAGUUGAAAACAAACCACUUCAGCCCCGUCGGCUUCUUCCCACUCCAGGCGGACGCAGCAGAGUCAAAAUAACCACCAGGUAAGAGGCCAACGCGGCUAAGCUUGUUUACCUCAGGAGUUUUGGGUAAUUCCCAAGGUUUCCAACGCAGAUGAAAGUUUGCUGCUGUGGAAAAACACCUGGUGUUGAUGUUACAAUGACAAAGCCUUGGUAUUAAAGGCCGAAAGCUGGGAAAACUUCCUGCAGUGACAUGUAAGUCCAGACGAGAAGCAGCUAGAGACAAGAAAUGUUUCAUUUAACAACCUAAUUAUUGCAAGAAUAAUUGCAAUUAGGAUUGGAUUUGCUUAAAAAAACCAAAGUGAAUAAAAAAAAAAAAGAAGUAAAUCUUCAGUUUUGUGUUUCUUGUAGGAGUGGAAGAAGUCCAGUCAUGGCUGAACGGAGAAGCUGCUACGCUGUUUGGAUCACUUCCCUUCUUAUUGUGAUGCUGCUGCCUGCGUUCUUGUCUGCGGGGCCGAUUCUGCAAAAGUCCAAAGGAGAUGUGGGGGAAAGCAUCCAGGAAAAGGCAGAAGCUGCAGCUUCCCACAGGAGGCUGGUCCGUAACCGCAGGAACAUCAGCUGGUACAAACAGCACUCCGACUUCUGGGCCUGGUACAAGUACUUCACAGACAACGGCAACCAAGAUGCAGUUCAGGAAAUGGACAAGAUCUAUCUGGCCUAUCUUCAGAACAAGAACCGUGCCGAGGCGCGCCGUUCCUACAAGGCCUACCUGCGCCACUUGGGGGAGAUAUACAAGUCCUGCGCCAACUCUGACGAUCCUAACUGUGUGGCGUCUUACACAGGCCGGCCCAAAUCCAAACCAGAGCCCCCUAAACCAGCCCCCAUAAAAACAUGUGACCCAACCAAGGAUACUCACUGCUUGUAUAUGGCUCUAGUCCAGGGUAAGAGUCCCUAUCUGCCCCUGGUGGUCCCGGUUGCCCCCGCCGCAGCAGUCAAGGCCCCCGCUCCUUUAUAUGUCCGUGCUGCUGCUCAGUCGAAGGAGCCGGCCCAUUAUCACUUCGCUCCAUCUGCAGUGUCCUUCCUUACCAAGGAGCAGAAGGCGGAGCUGCUGCGUAUCUGCUCUUCUGAUGACGUUGAGUGUCUGCAGUACCACCUCAGAGCUGCCUUUGGGUAUCGGGCCUCUUCCGGACCCCUCCCAUCAUACAGCCACCUGGGCUGUGACCCCAAGAAAGACCCUGCCUGCAAAGCUAAACUAGCUCAAAAGGCACCUUCUGGUCUCUACCAUCAGAACCCCAACUGUGAUCCUCUCCGGGACCCUUACUGCUCCUAUGCUGCCUCUCUUGUGGCUCCUCGUGCUCCCAACCCUUCAGCCCACACUGGUCCUGGAUCUUGCAACCCUCUUUAUGAAGACAAUUGCAAUCCUCUGACUGCCACCAGAUUCUCUUCCCCCCCACAGGAGUACAGAGGCGAUGAACGAGACGAAGCGGCGUCUAUUCGUGCAGCUCCUCCUCCUGCUGAGCAGAAUGACCCUUAUGCCAUGUUUAGGGAUCCUUAUGCUAAUGCUAACAGAGUUACAGAUCCGUACGCAAUGUACCGACAGUAUCCGACCCCGGCCGCUCCUCAGUCUACUGAUCCGUACAACAUUCUUCGUCAGUUCAUGUCCCAAGCACAGGAUAAUGACCCAUACGCUCCACGCAUGUCUGCUCCUGAGUCGAACCCUAACGACCCUUUCUCUGCUGUCCGGGAAGCCAUGAAUCGUCAGAGUCCUCCCUCGCCCAGGCAGCAGUACCCGUUUUCCAACCCGAGUUAUGAGGAGCCGCCCCAGGAAGAGCGUCACUCUCUGGGACCUCCAGGUAAAACCAAAGAGGGCUAUGACUGCUACAUUGGUUACGACCGUGAAUGCUUCCCAGUAAGACCUAGCCAACCUCACUCCGGAGCUCCUCGCCGCACUCCCUACCCCGUUGAUCCCUACCAACCCCAUCAGAACACAGACGGCGACCGCAGAGGCGUCCUGGAACCAGACAACCCUCACUGCGACCCGGAGUACGACCGUGACUGCCGCCUGCGUCGCUACGAACCAGCGCAACCCCAACCUGAACUCCACACUCAGGAGGACCGCAGUCAGAGAACAGAAGAGUCUGAGCAACAUGGACAAGACCAGUACGAGGUCGAGCCCUACCAGAGCGGUCAGGAAGAGCCUUAUAUGUCCUACCCGCCUCAGUCACAGGGUACGCCCAGCCUGCAGGACAUCCUCCGGAGCUACGGAGACCGCUUCCCUGAACAGGACGACCACAGAGCCUAUGCAGACGACUACCGUAAGAAGUAAAGCCUGGGUCCACAGCGUCUUCCUCACCACCUCUCCACCGCAUAUCAUGACAAAGUGAGAAGAAAUGUGAAAAUUAUAACAGCGGGAAAAGGUUGAGAAGUGAAGCAACACGGUAGGUUUCUGACUGAAAAAAGACGACCUCAUGACCUUUCGAUGUGCAGGAGGAAUAUUUCAGUGCUGGUCACUGAUUAUGAGACACGCUACUGACCUGUCAGGACUCGUUUCUUUUCCAAGUCAGAAAGGAGAACACAAGAACAGUGCAGUGUAUGAUUUGUGUGUGUUCAUGCUGAGUUGUGUAGCGAGACAAAGGUCACAUAUGACUUAAUGCCCUUUAAAUCAGGGAUAAACUAAAGGUCCCUCAUUAGUCUCAUUACUGAGUGUUGCUCAGGGAUGUAGUAACCUAAGCUUUAAGCUGGUACAUGGUGACUUACAACAUAGUUUGAUAAAGUAUAAAAACAUUUAUGUGGAAAAUGAAUCUUUAAAUGAACAUCUAAAGACAAAGACUAGUUUUAAUGUGUUUUUGUUUUUAAUAAAGACAUAAUAUGUUUCCCAUUAUGUUUGUUUUGCUCUCUGUUUGAUGCAUAACUAAAGAAAUUUUGUUAUAACAAGCUAUAUAUCCAAAAUAUGUUCUUGCUUAAACAAGAAAGGUCAUAGCAGUGAAAUAGUAACACUUUGGGAGAUGUUUUUGUGUCAUUCUUUGCACUUUUAUAUAGUUUUUAUUCCUGUUAUAACAAAACCAUUCUCCUACUGCUCCUGUAUUUAUUUCCAAAUUUGCAUCAAAGUAGCAGAUAACCAAGAUAAUGUACCACUAAACCCUAUUGAUGCAUAUUUUACACAUAACGAAGAUCAUGUUGAAGGCACUUUGUCACCAUCUAGUGGUCAAAACUUUGCCUAAUUUGACUCUUUUGCACACUCAUUCCUGCUUGCUUAAUAUCUGA